AUGCGAAACAUUGAGGAGACCAGGAAAAGAUGGGACAUUCUGUUCUCCGAUCAUGAUACACCUUCCGACCUUCGAACGGCGCUACAGUCCGAGCAGGGAGAUCUGUGCAAUGACGGCCUGAGAUCGGUUUGCUGGAAGGCAUUCCUGAUCUUCGACGGUUUGGAUCGGAACGAAUGGACAUCCAAGCUCGACGAAUCCCGGGACGCGUAUUGCGCACUGCGCGACCACUUCUUGAAAUACAUUGAACAUCCAGAUGACUUGGACUCGACCCUCGAUCCGCUGGCGGACGAUGAACAGUCACCAUGGAAAAGCCUCCGAAACGACGAGGCGCUGCGCGCGGAAAUCCUACAAGAUGUUGACCGAUGCUUACAAGAGAACCUCUUUUUCCAUGAACCUGAGACGAAAUCCAAAUUGACCGAUAUAUUGUUCGUCUACUCAAAACUCAAUCCGGACGUGGGUUAUCGGCAAGGAAUGCACGAGCUCCUUGCACCCAUUCUUUGGGUGGUGGAUCGAGACUCUGUGGGCCCUCAAUCUGCGGAAACUGGCCCGGGCAAGGAUCAGAGUGAGAGACUGAUGCUUCGGCUUCUUGAUCCUCGAUUUGUGGAACACGAUUCAUUUACUCUUUUUCUCUCCGUUAUGCAAACAGCUCGCACAUAUUAUGAACAUGGGGAGGUACGAUCUGUAAACGGCCAGAUGGGUGUGAUUCCCAUAGUCGAACGGUGUCAAUAUCUACAUCAGGAAGCUUUGUCCGUCGUUGAUCACGAACUAGCGGAGCACUUGGAAGCCAUCGAUAUUUUGCCGCAAAUAUUUUUGACCCGUUGGAUGCGCCUUCUGUUUGGCCGAGAAUUCCCAUUCGAAGAUGUGUUGACAACGUGGGAUCUUUUGUUUGCUCAUGGGCUAAGAUCAGAUCUUGUUGAUUUCACGUGUAUUGCAAUGUUGCUCCGAAUUCGUUGGCAGUUACUCGAGGCGGAUUAUACUACCGCACUUACCUUGUUACUUCGAUAUCCCUCACCUCAACCGCAUGCCCCCCAGGAUUUUGUCCGGGAUGCCAUUUAUUUGGAACAGAACCCUACAGCCGACAGAGGCAAUUUCAUCAUCUCAAAAUAUUCGGGUAGGCCGCCUGAUUCUCAAAGCCCUGCCCAGUCUAGCACUCGACCCAUGAGGAGGGCUUUUCUAUGGGACGACUUCAAAAGACGCAGCGAGAGCAAUUCGCCUUCUCAUCAUUCCAAUCGAAAUAAUUCGAAGAGCCUUGAGUCGAUCUUCCAAGACGUUUCUCAGAAUAUUCAACGUCGCACCGAGUCCUGGGGCGUGGCUAAAGCCGUCCGAGGUGCUGUGACUGAAGCCCGGAAGAAUAUGCAAACAAUGCACUAUGACCCUAACAUGCGCACUGCUUCCAGGCCUGCCCCUGUCGAAACAGCUCCCGGUGUUCAAUCAAAGGCGUAUACAGCACGUCCAGAGGUCACCGCGGGACUAGAAAAGAAGAUUGCUCUUCUUGAAGAAAGAAACCAGGCUCUGGCUUCUGAUUUACGGGAGGCACUGGAGGAUCUUGGUGCACAGUUGGCCAAGGUCCAUGACUUGGAUUCCGAUGUCAAUGGUGCCAUCAAACAUGCCCUAUCCAAGGCUGAGGGCGUGCAAGCCCGCUUGCAAGAUCCUUCUCUUACAGUCGAGACAUCGGAAAUCUACACCAACGGGGAUGCUGAGCACGGUCAACCGAGCAAGCCACAAGACAGAGCCACUUCACCAACGAGCAAUAAUGGUAUCAGUACUUUGACAAGCAAGUCUCGAUUACAAACGUCCAAUCCCGAGAACACGGAUUGGACCGAGCCGAUUGCCGAUAGUGGAACCCCCAAGCCCGCCUCCAUCGCCACGGCAGACCGGAUGAACACUGGUAAAACAUCCGAUGCCGCGCGGACAACCCCCUCGCGAGCAGCUGUGCGACCAUCCCUCACAAAUUCGGGAUUCUCAUGGAUGCUUGGCGGUGGUCGGAACCUGUCGGGCUUUGUGAGCUCAUCACCCCCACCGGAACAGACUAGGCAUCUCGACCAAAACCGCAAGCACAACGCCUUGUUUGGAUCUGGUGGAGAUGACCGCCCAGGAACCGAUGCCGGCCACGGUGAAUUGGCACUACACAGCCUUCGGGGGUCCCGGGACCCUCUUUCAGGGACUGGCCCAUUGUGA